AUGUUUCGAAGGGGAGAUAAUUCAAAUUUUAACGUACAAAAUAGCUUCUUUCUUCCUUUGGAAUACGAAUAUACCGUAAAAGAUAAUGUACCUUCAAAAAAAAAGAGUAGUAUAGGUUUUUUUCCAUUAGAUGAUUCUUUAUUCACAUCAAAAAACAAUUCAGGGCACCAUAAAAGCGAACAGCUCCAUCGCGGUAAUGCAGAAACUAUCAGAAGCCAGUUUGGAACUGACGCAGUUCCGAUAAGGAUCGAUGAGAAAGAAGGAAAGUGGGAUAGAAUUCAAGAUGAUAAUUCUUCUAAUUUAAACUACCAAAUUAACAACAGUAAUGACCCAGCUUCGAGUGGUAAAUAUACCCAGAGUAUUGACUGUAACCAUAUAGCGGAGUCAAAAUUUUCAAAAAAAAAUGGAAACAUUGAUAGUCUUCGUUCAAACUCAGCAACUUUUAUGCUAAAUACUGCAGAUGAAGACGUGAUAGAAUUUAGUUUUGACGAUAAUGUCCCUUAUGCUGAGUUAUUAUCUGGUGCCACCCUUGAAAAAUGUUCGUUGACUCUAAAUGAAAUAAACAAAAAACUAUUCAAUACGCUCUAUGACUUUCGAGUAAGCAAAGAUAAUCCCGAAGAAAAUUUGGUAGAACUAAUACUUCCGAACUGCGUGGUGUUAUUAAACUUUUUUGAAGACAUUGAACUCUUGGCCGACUCUUCUGAUGAGGCUUUCGAAAAAUCUACUUUCAUUAACACAAUUGAGUUCAUUGUGCACGAUAUUUGGGUCGAAACGUUGAUAAAGAACAUAAACUUAUUACAAAUGUUUGAUGCAGAUUUGAAAUGCUACAAUGACAAGUACAUAAUUUGCAAGCUAAAGGGUCAGUAUCCCUCCACAAAUAUAGUGGACAUAAUGUGCCGUUUGAAGCAUUUUUCCAAUUCUAUUUUGGAAACUUUCAAAUUCGGAAUCGAGCUAAAAGAACAAGAUCAAUGCCACAAUAGAAACACUAUUAUCAACUACGUUCUUUUCAGUAGAGUAUUUUCAACGAUUGUUUUAGAGAUUCAAAAAUGCUUUAUCUUGAUCGUUAAGUUCAUGUAUUCUGUCAAUUUUUUAGAAAAAUUUUCCGAUGAAGUAUUUUUGUCAUUUAUUGAAAUUCUCAUAAAAAUUGUCUUUGAGCACCAGAUUCCGCAGUUAUUUUUGGGAAUUGAUGAAAUUAUUCAACUCUGGUUAAAGAACAAUGAAGGAAAACGGCAACAACUCUUGAGCGCUUGGUGCAACGGAACUGUUCAAGAUAUGAAGCAAAGCCAACAAAGAGAGUCCUCAAACGCAGAAUCUGAAUCAAUCACUUCAAGUACAGAAGAGGACGAAGAAGGCCUCCAAUUCAAUAAAUGGGAUGUGAUUGAACCAUUUAUUGAUAAUAUCAAGGCUUUGAAUCAAUCAAAAUCCCAUAUGUGA